UUUUUUUUUUUUUCUCGUUGAGUCAUGUUUUUUUGAUUUAAAUAUCGGCGCAGACUCACCAUUUUUUUCUUUUUCCUUUCUUUUUUUUUAUUUUACUUCUCAUAUUUCUUAAACCCCCUUUUAGUUUACUUCAGUUAUUCUCUUUAUUGUUUUAUAAUGGUUUUUUCUAUUAUUCACUAAAUUAACUGAGGUUCAGAUGCUCAACUCAUUUGAACCAAAGCGUCGUGUUAUUGAUUUCUUUUUUUUUUCUCAUCCUCUCCCUCUUUUCCUCCUUUCUCCUUUUUUUUUUUUUGGCUAUUGUGGGUUUGUGGUUCAACACUUCACCCUCAUUAAACAACUAACAACAACAACAAUUACCAAUACUUUCUUUUCAACCUUUUUUUUUUUUUAAUUUUGACUCAACAUGAAAAUGAAUCAUCAACUUCCAUCCUUAUCUGCUACGCCCUCAGCUGCUGACUUGUUAACUGCGCCCAUGAAUAACCUUCCUUACAGCCAACCUCAACUUUUAUCCCUUUUGAUGAAUUCUUAUAUGAAGCAAACGAUAUCUCCUUCUACUUUGAAACCAACUGCUCAAGAUCAACAAAGAACUUAUGUUAAUGCUCUUGUUGAUGUCACUGUGCAAGCCAUUGCUUCUAUUUGGCCUAAUUCCAAUGCUCCUUCUACUCGACCUAUUGCCAAUCUCAAUACCUUUUUACAUCAUAUCUUGAAACAUUCACGUACAACUCAUUCAACUUUACAAUUGGCUAUCUUUUAUUUAUUCCGUAUUCGUCCAAAAGUACAAGAACGACACAAUGAUGUUUAUAUUGCCUGUGGAAGACGAAUGUUCUUGGCUGCUUUGAUAUGUGCUCACAAAUUUUUACAAGACAAAACUUACAAGAAUUCAGCAUGGAGCAAAGUCAGUGGAUUGGAUGUAUCAGAAAUCAAUCAUGCUGAAAAAGUGAUGCUUCAACUUUUGGAUUAUCAACUUUAUGUCAAGAAGGAUACCUAUGAUCAGUGGGUUGCUAUGCUACAAACUCAUCUUCAUGUUCCAGUUCCAUCUCCUCAUUCGAUCACAACUUCAUCUUCUCUUCCAUCUUCUUUACCUUCUCCUACUUCUUCUCCUUCAUCUACUUCUUCUAUUUUAUCAUCAUCUUCCCCUAUAUCUACCUUUGUACAUUCUGCCGUCUCAUCUAUCAAUAGCAUUUCUACCAAAGCUACCAACAUUUCCUCCUCCACUGCUUUCAUGAUGGGUAUGCCUACUCCUGUGGAAGAUCAAGACUCCAAUAUUUCUUCUUCUCCUGUCUCCUCUGAUCAACGAAAACGAAAGUCAUCUUUGGAUCAUGGUAUCAAGAAACGUCGUUGCUAGGUUAUUUAACUUUUGAUAGUUAUACUAUAUUUGUACUCGUUUUUUAUUUUUAUUUUUAUUUUUAUUUUUCUUUGUGUAUAUUCUUUUUCUACCCAACCACCCCCUUCUUUAUUAUCAUUAUUAUUUGAUCGUUGUAUUCCCCCCUCCCUCUCCUACCUUCACAAUUAUUUCCAUCUUUUCCCCAAUCUUCUUUUAUAUCGUUUUAUUUUGGCCUUGAUCAGGCUUAACUGUAUUUUUUUUUUCUCCCUCUUCUCUUGUUUUAUUUGGAUUUUUUUUUAAAAAUAUAAUAAAAAAAUUAGUCAUUUAUCAUUAUCA